AGGUUCCCAGCGACCGUCGUGUGGAGGUGGCGGACAAUAGGGGCCGGCGGGCUGAGGCGACGGUGUGAGCGAUCCUCCCCAAAGAUCCUUUAGCGAGGAUCUUUGAUUCUCCAUCCCUCCCGCGGGUCAGCUCGGACAGGAGGCAAGGGAGAGGAUCUUGCGCUUGAUUAUAUAAUAGUCUCGGUCGGCUGGCUGAGAACUUGCCCCGUCGCCGUCUCCUCCCGGCACCUCCAGCCGCCCCCCUGCCCGCCAUGUCCGCGCCCGACUGCCUAGACUCGGCCGAAUUCCUGGACGACUACUACGACUCCUCGCACCACCCGACCAAGCGGUUGAAGGUCAACGACGGCGACUCGGACUUCGACAGCGACGAGGAAGGGCGCAACGUCGGCGGCUCGGACGCAGGGGACCAUGAUAGAGAUCAGGAUCGUGAUCAAGACAGAGACCGGGAUCGACCAAGAAGCCAGUACAAGACUGCACCGUCGCCCGUUGUUCAUGUCCGUGCUCUUUGUGAUUCCGUCAUUGAAGCCGAUCUGGUGAAAGGCGUUGAUCGAUUUGGACUUGUGAGCUACGUGAUGAUGCUGCCAAACAAGCGGCAAGCUCUGGUGGAGUUCCAGGAUUUGCAGAGUGCCCAGAAGUGCGUUGCUUAUUCUAAGCGGCGCAUAGUCACUAUUGCAGGACAUCCUGCUUUUUUCAACUUCUCCACCAGUCAGCGCAUCACUCGCCCCGGAGGUCCUGAAGAUCCAAAGCACAUCAACAAUGUUCUCUUUUUGUCCAUUCAGAAUCCUUUGUAUCCCAUUACAACAGAUGUUCUGUACACUGUCUGCAAUGCGUGUGGCCCAGUCCUUCGCAUUGUAAUAUUCAAGAAGAACGGGAUACAAGCUCUGGUUGAAUUUGAUUCGGUGCAAAGCGCUCAGAAGGCAAAAGCUUCUCUCAAUGGAGCCGACAUUUACUCUGGUUGCUGCACAUUAAAAAUUGAGUAUGCAAAGCCUACUCGACUCAACAUUUUCAAGAAUGAUAGCGAGUCCUGGGACUACACUAAUCCUGAUUUGACUGCACGAGAUGAGCGGCGGCGACAAGGACAACCGGCCCUCCUGGGAGAUCAUCCCUCGACAUAUGGGGGCUUUCAGCCAAACCCUUUGACCUUGCCGCACAGAAUGGAUUCCCGUGCUUCCAACAGCAGGCCUGUGCAUCUGUACUCUGCUCCUGAUUACGAGUUUGUUCCCCAAGGCAAAGUGAUAAUGAUUUAUGGGCUUAAUCCACACAAAAUGAAUUGUGAAAAAGUCUUCAACCUUCUCUGUCUAUAUGGCAAUGUUGAAAAGGUGAAGUUCAUGAAGAGCAUGCCGGAUGCUGCCAUGGUGGAGAUGGGGGAUGAAUUCUCUGUGGAUCGAGCGAUUACUCAUUUAAAUUGCGUAGAAAUGUUUGAGAAGAGAAUUAAUUUGUGCGUGUCCAAGCAGGCAUCGAUCGUUCCAAGUCAGUCGUACGAGUUGGCCGAUGGUACUGAUAGUUACAAGGAGUUUACCAAUUCAAGGAAUAAUCGCUUCACCAAUCCGGGCCAGGCGGCUAAAAACAGGAUCCAGCCCCCUUCCAAUGUGCUGCAUUUCUUCAAUGCUCCUCUGUGUGUUACAGAGGAGUACUUUCAAGAGGUUUGUGAAGAGUGUGACCUGAAGCCUUUUAAAACUUUCAAGACGUUUACUGGAAAAUCUGACAGGAGUUUAUCUGGCGUGUUGGAGUGGGAGUCGAAAAAUGAAGCUGUGGAAGCACUGACAGUACUGAAUCACUACCAAAUGAAGAACACCAAUGGCCCUUACCCAUACACUUUGAAACUCUGCUUUUCUACCAUGUCUCAUGCAUGAGGACUUGAUCUGAUUUUGAAUGGAAUCCUGUCGGUCAGCUUGCACAGCAUUUCCAAAUGGGCAGGAGAAAAAGUAGUUCAUUAGUGUCUCUUGCACCAUAAGUGGAAGAUACUUUCUUCAGUUUAAAUUGUAACUUUCCGAAUUGUAUCAAUGUACAAGUUAAACCUUUAACGAAGUUGUUUUUUUGCAGUCCGUGAGUCGUUUCAGCUUGUUUUUGCAAGUGACCUUGUAUUUUUGAACUAUGCAAGUGAUGGACACUUGUGACAUCCCUAUUUGAGGCACAUACAGUGAGAAAAACAGUAUCAUUAUUUUGUGACCAUGUAGUUUGCCAGAUUUUUAAAACUAUUAAUGACAUGCAUUUGUGAUGGGGAAAAUUCUGCAAACUGCUAAACUGUCCAAAUGGUGACUUUUGAACACUAUACACAAACUUGGUAUAUUUACGGCUUAUUGCCAUGUGUUUAAUUCCUUGCUAUGUUUCAGAAAUACAUUAAACAAUUAUUACACGCA